GAGGCCUCUACUUUCCUCUUGAAAUGAAGGAUAAAAAUAUGCCCAAAAAUAAAGGACACAAAGGGAAGAAAUGGAUAGAGGAAAGAGAGGCCAAAGCAAGGCAAGAAAUGGAGCAAAUUACCCAGGAUCCUAGGUUUUCUCACGUUCCCUUCGAUCCAAAGCUUCGGGAUGCUCCGAAGAAGCAAAAAACGGUCAAACUUGACAGCCGGUUUUCAUCCAUGUUCUCCGAUGAAAAGUUUUAUGAAAAGUCAACAAUGGAUCCCAGAGGAAGGACAGGAAGUUAUUCUACAAGGGAAGACCUCCGCCAGUUUUAUCGAGUCUCAUCAGAAGAAAGUGAAAGCGAAGAUGAUGAUGAUGAAGAUGAAAAGUCUGAGUCUGAAAAUGAAGGCGAGGAAGAGAAGGAAGAUAAUAAGGCAACAAGUGGUAAGUUGUACUUGUAG